UGUGUGUGUGUACGUGUGUGUGUGUCAGCAGUGCAGUCAGUGUCAUGGCGGUCAGCAUCAUGUCUGCGUCUCUUCUCCUGUUCUGCCUUCUUCAAUGUUUCCUUCAGGUCUUCAGUCAAGGAAAAGUGUUUCGUUCAGCUCCCGAGGCCAACACCGUGUUCCUGCGGCCCAAACGGGCCAAUACAUUUAUGGAGGAGUUCAGACAGGGGAACCUGGAGCGGGAGUGCUACGAGGAACAGUGCGACUUUGAAGAGGCUCGCGAGUACUUUGAAGACACCCAGAAGACAAAAACCUUCUGGGCUGUUUACUCUGUUCUUCCUCAGCUCUGUAAGAACAAAAAUGGCGGCUGUGAACAUUUCUGCAAUGUGAUCCAGGGAAGUGUUCAGUGCUCCUGUGCUGAUGGGUACUUCCUGGCAUCUGAUAAAAAAUCCUGCCAUUUCAAUGAGACCAUCAGAUGUGGUUUCAUCCUCCCCAAAGGGCUGCAGACUGUUUUGAGGGACCAUCAGACAAAAACAAUGGAGGGGAAUAUAACUGCACUUAACAGCAGUGUAAACUCCACAGAGCCGAUCCAGGAUGCUGAUUUAAUGUCCGAUUUAGUGUCUGAAAACAGAACCCAAAUUCCAGCAAAGACCUGGACAACUUUGGAAAGUCUGAUUGACUCUGAAAUAGAAGAUGAGUCAUAUCGCCAGUCAGGGUAUUGUCCACCAGGAGAAUGUCCAUGGCAGGCCCUCCUUUUCAAUGAAAAUGAAAACGUUUUUUGUGGAGGAACAAUACUCAAUGAAAACAUCAUCCUGACAGCUGCCAGCUGUGUAAACCAGUCAGAUGACUUCAACGUCAGGCUCGGUGAGUUUGACAGGUCAGUGAAUGAAGGUACUGAAGUUGACCACAAAGUGGAAGCAGUCCUCGCCCACAGAAACUACAAUUCACAAACCUACGAUAACGACAUUGCACUCAUCAAACUGGCUACACCUAUCAAGUUCACGAGGUUCAUCCUGCCAGUCUGCAUUCCUGAGCAAGACUUUGCCAAAAAGGUCCUGAUGCGGGAGCCAGUAGCUGUGGUCAGUGGUUUUGGACGUCUUGAGGAGGCUCAGAUUCCAUCCAUGAUCAUGAAGCGCCUCAUUGUAACCCACGUGGACCGUCAAACCUGCAUCAGUUCCACUCGGUUUCUAGUCACUAAUGGCAUGUUCUGUGCUGGCUACAAAUCUAGGGAUGCUUGCCAAGGUGAUGGUGGUGGGCCGCACAUCACACGUUAUAAUGACACCCACUUCAUCACUGGCAUUGUGAGUUGGGGCGAAGGCUGCGGACGCAAGGGCAAGUAUAACUUCUACACCCAGGUGUCCAGGUACAUUCGAUGGAUCCAUGAGGGUAUCAAGAAGCUGGUGCACAGUGGCACAAAUGGCGGCAGUCAGCAUCUUGCAAUAAAAAGGCUUUAUCUGUAAAACAUUUGUAAACAUCCACCAACACUCACACUUAUGCCUCUCAUGUAAUCCCUUCAGAGAAACAAUGUUUAUCCUUGUAAGCAAAGAGCUACAGGUCCCACCCGUGACAGAGAGAAUUAGAGUCAAUAAUUGUUUAUGAGGUUCCUCAGGGUACUACUCCUGGCCCUUUUAUAUUUUUAAUUUGGGUUUAUGUAACAUCAAUAUUUUGUUUUUGUUUCAAAUUCAUGAUUUGAGAUGAAUUUCUGUCCAACCUUCCCUCACUUCUGGCUUUGUAUGGUCUUGAUCUCCGUUUGAUGUUCCAGUUUUUUCAGAGAUUCCUGUUUAACUCUUUCUGUUCAGACUGAUUCCAUUAAAGGGACAAACUGUCACUAACAUGCCAUAUCCACUGAAACUUUAAUAAUUUUGUUGGUCAGUAUGAUUAAAGUGAGAAUGGAAAGCA